AUGGAUGGAGCAAGGCGCUCCACAGAUGCCUCCGACGAGCAAGAGCCGAAGCGUCCGUGCCUUGCAGUUGCAGGCGGCCGCAAUGGUGGUGCAGGUGGGGCCGGCGGCAGUGAUGCGGGUGACGACGACAGCCACGGCGAUGCGGGUGGGGGCGGCGGUGAUGCGGGUGGGGGCGGCGGCGUUGGCCAUGCCGCCGACGACCCGCCGCCGACGCUGAGCACCUUGGGGGACGACGUCCUCCGCGCCAUCCUGUCGCGCCUCGAGUCGUCCCGGCAGACGGUGCGGAUGUGCGUGCUGUCCAGGAGUUGGAGGCACCUCUGGCGCUCCGUGCCGUCCAUCCACAUCGACCGGCGGGAGUUCGGUAGCGACCACGAGCUGCAGAGCUUCACCGACUUCCUCCUGGACCACCAUAACAACCUUGUGCUCCUGGAUGCGUUCCGGCUGCUGCUAAGCUCUCAAGAUCUCCGCCUACCGGCCAGCGAUUGGGUCCGUCGCGUCAUCAACCAAGAUGAUACACCGCCUCACCAGCUCAAAAGGUUGCACCUUUGCAACGUGCACCUGGACAUGGAUUUUGCGAGCCACAUCAGUGACGACAGGUGCCCCGCGCUGGAGGACGUGCGACUGGAAAACUGCAGUUACUUGACGGCCCGGUAUGAGAUCACCUCCUUCUCACUCAAGAAAUUGGUUGUGGAUGGUUUAUACAUGGUGCAAGAUGACGAAAGUGAUGAUGAUGAGGAUGAGAUUUUCAAGUUGAUUAUAAGGGCUCCUGCUCUUGUUUCUCUCCGCUUGGCCGGAGAGCUUGAUCACAUUGUUGAUAUCAAUGAACCACAUACCGUGCCGUCUCUUGUCGAUGCGUCGGUUCAUCUGCCCGUGAUGACUGACGAGGAGCUCAACAACGUUGAAGAAAACGAUGCCACUGCGCACCAAUCGGUUCUUGGCGUGCUGCUUAAUGUGACAACUUUGACCCUGUCGCAUUGCAGGUUGCUGUUCCAACCUGAGGAUUCUGUGGAACUUCAGCUUCUUGUAUUCCAGAACCUAAGAACCUUGUUCCUGGACGAGUGUUACAUUGUUGGCGAGGACUUCGUGGGGCUGAAGCCUUACCUGCAGAAGUCACCUAACCUGGAGAAGCUCAUUUUGCGCUGUAGCAAGGUGCAACCAGGGUACUCUUUGAACUGGUAUUUCGGAGACGACCUGGUGGAUUUCAUGUGCGAGAACCUUAUGCUUACUCAAAUUAUAUACCAGCAUGAUGAUGAUGCUGCCCCCCUAUUGGUCGCGUUUUUGCUGAGCAUUUCAAGGAGCCUGCCGAACAACAAGAUUGAACUCAUUAGAGUCGAAUAG